AUGGCUCCGCUCGAGGUCUUGAUGGUCGGUACGGGCGAGUACACGACAGGAUUUGUUGGCGGCGGCGCGUCCAAGUCGGACAAGAAAGUCGGCGUCGUAGGCCUGACUCUAUUCGAUCUUCGCAGACGGGGAAAGGUUGGCAAGCUGUCCAUGGUCGGUGUCUCGGGCGGCAAAUUCCCGGCCAUACGCGAGCAUCUCCAGAAGAACAUAUCCGAGGCCUACAACGGGCUUGAUGUUUCGUUUGAAGAAUUCCCCAAGGAUGGCAAGACCGACCCUGAAUCAUACAAGACCGCAAUUGAUGCACUUCCCAAAGGCAGUGCCAUCACCAUCUUCACCCCUGACACGACUCACUACCCAAUCGCUUUGUAUGCAAUUGAACGCGGCAUUCACGUUCUCAUCACGAAGCCUGCCGUCAAGCUUCUCGAGCACCACCAACAGCUUCUCGCUGCGGCAAAGAAGCACAAUGUCUUUGUAUACGUUGAGCACCACAAGCGAUACGACCCCGCUUAUGCGGACGCGCGUUUCAGGGCCCAAAAGCUGGGUGACUUCAACUACUUCUACUCGUACAUGAGUCAGCCAAAGAGCCAACUGGAGACUUUCAAGGCAUGGGCGGGCAAAGACAGCGACAUAUCAUACUACCUCAACUCGCACCACAUUGACAUCAACGAAUCCAUGGUACCAGGGUACAAGCCAGUCCGUGUCAUGGGUAGCGCAGCAAAGGGCAUUGCAACCGAUCUAGGCUGCGACCCUGCGACCGAAGACACCAUCACCCUCCUCACAGACUGGGUCAAGCGGGACGACCCAAGUAGGCGCGCGACUGGUGUGUACACAGCGGGAUGGGCAGCACCACAAAAGGCCGGUGUACACUCGAAUCAGUACUUCCACUACAUGGCGGCGACGGGCGAGAUUCGCGUCAACCAGGCCAAGCGCGGCUACGACGUGACUGACGACGAAAACGGUCUUCUCUGGUACAAUCCAUUCUACAUGAAGUACGCCCCUGACGAGGAGGGCAACUUUGCUGGCCAAAUCGGCUACGGCUACAUUUCGUUUGAAAAGUUCAUCGAUGCGGUCAACGCAUUGAAUGAAGGCAAGGUGACACUCGAACAGCUCGACGCCCGUCCACUGCCUACACUCAAGAACACCAUUGCCACCACCGCCAUCCUCGAAGCCGGCCGCCGAUCACUGGAUGAGAAGCGACCGAUUGAGAUCAUCGAGGAGAAUGGCGUGUGGUCUCUGCAGUAG